AUGAAAAGAAGACCAAGCCAGAGUGGAAGUUCUAGAAGAAAACCUGAACCUACGCUAAGAAACUUGAACAUCUCCAUUUCAUUUAAAACGGAAUCCAAUAAUAUCCUUCUAAGAUUAAAAGAGGAAGGUUAUACCACACCAGAUGCUAAAGCAAAGGAACUUAUAACGAGGUUAAAUGAGACAAAAGUCUUAUACACUCUAAAAUUACUUUUCGAAAACCAACAACAUCAAUUUUCAUCCCAGGUUUUAGUGGAUUCAUUAGAAAAUUUCGCCAAUCCUUUACUAUUUAACCAUCAUUCUAAAGAAAUAAUGACAAGAUUGGAAUUUCACUUACGAGCUUGGGCCGCAGUCUUAGAACAGAUAUGUUUUUCUCAAAUAGUACUUUGUAAGGUACUUCGAGAUAAAAUUUACAAUUCCUUAGCAAAAUUUGCUGAGUUUCAUCGCAAAAAUAUACAAGUUGUUGAAGAAGGAUUUAAUAGCAUUAAACCAAAGUUCAUUCUAUCUAAUCAACAAUAUGAUGAGGUUAAUAAAAGGAUUAAAAAGCAUAACUAUAAUAUUGACUUUUUAUUGAUUCAUUUGCGUGAUACACUACAUAGUCUGCGUGAUGAUGAAACUUGGUUUCAGGAAAUUUUAAGAAGAACUAAGGAGUUGUUGAAGACUGUUCUAAAUAUUGCACCAGGAAUUACAAGUAAUGUAGCACCCGGGGUUGCACUUCCAAAUGAUAACUGUUCAAUCUUAUCAAUGCUUACUCAAUUACGUCAAGGUUUAAGUUUUAAAUAUCCAGUAGCAAAUUAUUAUAUAGAUUGGAGAAUUAUGUUGAUAAUUCAACAUAACAUUUUUAUUUGGUCUGAAAGUGAUGAAAAGAUAAUUGGUAGAAAGUUUGGAGAAAGGAUAUUAAUGGAAUAUCUUUGGAGUUAUUCGGAGAGAGAGUGGAAUAAUGUUGUUGAUAAAUCCAUAUUAGAUUCUCAAACUAAACUUGAUGAAGUAUCAAAUAAACUCAUCAAGAAUUUAAGAAACACAGGAAGCUUUUUAAAUGAUCUCGCUGGAAAUGAACCACUCGCGUUACCGGAUAUGUUAUGGUUUGGAAUAUUGGAUCUCGCACAAAAUCUCAUCCAAAAAUCUAGUCAGCCAACUAUUUAUGGUCUUUGUUAUUAUCUAGCAAUUGAGACACUCAAUAAAGCUCCAAACUCUUUUAUUCAAUUUAAAGCAAUUGAAAUAUUAUUAUAUUUACAAAAUAUCAACGAAUCAUUUUCAAUAAUAAAACUUGAUUUUGACGAAUAUGCUCAAAAAUUAUAUGAAAAUAAUUCAGUAGAUUCUUUAGAAUCAUUUCAAAAUUUAUUAGAAUUUGUUAAAGAAAAAUGUCAUGAAGAUAUCGGAAAAGGAAAAGAAAAAUGUUUUGAUCAGAAUACAUAUUUUAAACAAGUAGAAAUAUUGGAUUCUUUUAAUAUUAUUGAUGUUAUUGCAAAUGAAAUGACUUGUAUUAUUAGUCAUGAGCCAGAAGAUCACCUAUGUAUUUUAAAGUGUCAACAUGUGACUUCUUUAAAUAAUUUAAACAAAUUGAAACAAAAAGAGUGUCCUAUUUGUCGAGAAAAAUUUGAAAAUAGUGAUAUUAGAUUCUUAUUACAAAAUACUAUUUACAAAAAUCUAUAUUCGCGCUUUAUUGAUGCUGGACAUGUUUUACCCCAAAUUGAAUUGAAACAUUCAGAUCGAAUAACUGAUAAUCAACAUGAGGAUGAUUCUGAUAAUUCAGAAGUUGAUCAUAUUUUAAUUAAAAAAAAGAAAUAUAUUAAAGAAUUCAAAUUUAACACAAAUAUAUUACAACCUAAAAAACGACGUCCAGCUUAUCAGAAUGUUAUAAAAGAAUUAACAGAUAAAAAUUAUGACAUAGCUAUAUCAAGCUGUCAAGAAUAUUUAAGAGUGUAUCAUAAAAGUUAUACAAUGAAAUGUAUUUUAGCUUAUGCUUAUAGAUGCAUUAAUAACUAUGAACAAGCGUUAUCAUAUUUAAAUGAUGCUAUCAGGUUGAAGGAGCACAAUCAACUUGCGUAUCUUAUUCGUGGGGAAAUACUUUUCAGACAAGGUUACUAUGAAAAUGCAAUACAGGUAUUAGAAAAAUUAACAAAUAAUAAUAAUAUAUCAAGUAACUUAAUGAUAUUGUUAGGUAAUAGUUAUUAUUCUAUAGCAGAAAAUUUAAUAAAUGAUAAGGAAGAUUAUUACGAUAAUGCUUUAAAAAGUUAUAAUUUAGCAUUACAAAAGGAUUCGAAAAAUUAUUUAUGUUUGAAGUACUGUGCGCAUAUUUAUAAAAUUCAAGGAAGAUAUUUGGAGGCAUUAGAAAUGUUAGAUAAAUUACUGGAAAUAAAUCAACUUGAUUCAUUAAUACUAUGUUAUUAUGGAGAAAUUCUUAAUUAUCUAGAAAAAUAUAAUGAUUCAAUAUCGCAUUUCUCAAGAGCCUAUCACAUUGAUCCUGAGAAUACUCAUAUUUUAAUUAACAAAGCUAUUACUCAUUAUGAACUUCGAGAAUAUGAAAAAGCUCUAUCAGAUCUUAAUGAAUUGAUCCAAUUAGAUUCUUCAAAUAGUCUUGCAUAUUUUUAUAAAGGACUAAUAUACUAUACAUUAGGAAACAAUGAAAAAACUAAAAUUGAAGUGAAACGAUGUAUAUCAUUAUUCAAUUCUGGUGAUCAUUUAGCGAAAUUUCUGUUAUAUUAUUUAAAUGGUUUAUUUGAUAAAUCAUUAAUUGGCGGAAAUAUUUUAAAUGAUUAUUUAACACAAGAAUAUUCAGAUACAAGAUUAUGGUCAUUUUUAUCUGAAUAUUUUGAGAUAAGUGAUAAUGACUUUAUUGAACUUGGAAUCAUUAAUAAUUUUCAUAAACUCGUGUAUAAAGAAAAAUGUGUUUAUUAUACUUCAAAUCUUACAAACUUGUAUAAUGAAUUUCAUCGGUUUAAAAAGAUUGAUACAAAUAGUUUGUCUGGACAAGUGUUAUCUUUCAAUGAUGAAAUAAUUCCUAUUAUUUUGCCUAAACUUGGUAGUACUAGGUUUAUUUCAUGUUACGUUACAUGGAAAAUAAAUGUUGAAAAGUUAUUGUCCAAAGAUUGUUAUGUGGAGUUUAUUGUUAAAACAAUUGAUAUAUAUAGCAGUCGUAUUAGAUGUCAUAAAUUAACAAAUGAGAAUUUAUCAGGACUUGUUGGAUUGGGUUGGAUUGAAUAUUCACUUCCAUUUAAAGUAAAUAAAUGGGUACAACCCUCAAUAAACGUAAAAAAUAAUUCUAUUAUCAUGCAAAUAGAUUAUGUUCGACUUACGACAUAUAUAAAGGAUACUAUUUAUAUUCCUAAAAUAGAAGAUCCCUUACAAAUCUAUAAGUUACACCCAAAUGUUCCAAAAGUAUUUAACGACAAGUAUUUUUCAAAAAUGGAAAUGGAAAAUUUGAUAGAAUUAAAGGAUGUCAUUGGUUAA